CGCGGUCGGCCCGGGUCCCGGCCAGAGGACGAGGCCCGCGGGAGGUCCUAGCAGCGGCGCGCCCCACGUGUGGAGACCCGCCCUGAGUGCCAUGGCGCGUGGUUCCUCCGGCCCCCGCAUCUCCCCUUAGCCACGGCGGGGCGACCCCGGGCGGUCCCCGGGCCUCGGGGCAUGGAGCCGCACGUGCUGGGCGCCGGGCUCUACUGGCUGUUGCUGCCCUGCACGCUCCUGGCGGCCUCCCUGCUGCGCUUCAAUGCCCUCUCACUGGUCUAUUUGCUGUUUCUGCUGCUGCUGCCCUGGCUUCCAGGCCCCUCAAGACACAGCAUACCAGGUCACACAGGCCGCCUACUUCGUGCACUACUCUGCCUCAGCCUUCUCUUCCUGGUGGCCCACCUUGCCUUCCAGAUAUGCCUCUACACAAUGCCUCACCUGAAACAGCUUCUGGAACAAAACUGCAGCCUUUGUGAGGUGUCUCGACACAUAGGAGUUACAAGGCUGGGCCUGAACGACCUAAAGAACAUCCUUAACACCACCAGGCUGGUGGCGCCUGACCUGGGAGUCCUAGUGGUGUCCUCUCUUUGCCUUGGCCUCUGUUCGCGCUUCACCAGGCAGGCUCGGCAGAGCCAGCGCACCCAGGAGCUGCAGGAUGAUGACGACAUGGAUGCUGCCCCAGCGGUGGGGCUCCAGGGAGCCCCUGCCCUGGCAACCAAACACAGGCCGUGGCUGAGCUCCCGUUUCCGGGUCACAGCCCACUGGCUGCUGAUGGCCUUUGGAAGGAUGCUGACCAUUGUGCUGCUGGCGCUGGCAGGUAUAGCCCACCCCUCGGCCUUCUCCAGUGUCUACCUGCUGGUCUUCCUGGCCAUCUGCACGUGGUGGGCCUGCCACUUCCCUCUCAGUUCCUUGGGCUUCAACACACUCUGUGUCAUGGUGAGCUGCUUUGGCGCCGGCCAUCUCCUUUGCCUCUACUGCUACCAGACAGCUUUUGUCCAGGGUGUGCUGCCACCUGGCAGCAUCUGGGCCAGGGUGUUCGGUCUCAAGAACUUCAUAGACCUCCCUAACUGCACCAGCCCCAACGUGCUGGUGCUCAACACUAACCAUUCCUGGCCCAUCUACGUGAGCCCUGGUAUCCUGCUGCUGCUGUACUACACAGCCACCUCUCUCCUGAAGCUCCGUAAGAGCCGUCCCUCAGACCUGAGGAAGAAGGAGGCGCCUAGGGAGGAUGAGGAGCAUGAACUGGAAUUGGACCAGCUGGAGCUAGAGCCCCAGGCUAGGGAUGCCAGCCAGUUUGUGAUACCCACGUCCACAGGACCUGACAUUGACAACUGCACUGUGCACGUCCUAACCAGCCAGAGUCCUGUCCGCCAGCGUCCCGCACGCUCCAGGCUGGCUGAGCUAAAAGAGAUGUCACCACUACAUGGCCUGGGCCGCCUCAUCAUGGACCAGAGCUAUGUGUGUGCCCUGAUUGCCAUGAUGGUGUGGAGCAUCACAUACCACAGCUGGUUGACCUUCGUGCUGCUGCUCUGGGCCUGCCUCAUCUGGACCGUGCGUAGCCGCCACCAGCUGGCCAUGCUCUGCUCACCCUGCAUCCUGCUGUAUGGGCUGACACUCUGCUGCCUGCGCUAUGUGUGGGCCAUGGAACUUCCCGAGCUGCCCACCACCCUGGGCCCUGUCAGCCUGCACCAGCUGGGGUUGGAGCACACACGCUACCCCUGCUUGGACCUUGGUGCCAUGCUGCUCUACCUGCUCACAUUCUGGCUCCUGUUGCGCCAAUUUGUGAAGGAGAAGCUGCUGAAGAAGGCCAAGGUGCCUGUUGGACUGCUGGAGGUCACAGUGGCAGAGACAGAGCCCACACAGACUCAGACACUGCUGCGGAGCCUGGGGGAGCUGGUCACAGGCAUCUAUGCCAAGUACUGGAUCUACGUGUGCGCUGGCAUGUUCAUCGUGGUCAGCUUCGCAGGCCGCCUGGUGGUCUACAAAAUUGUCUACAUGUUCCUUUUCCUGUUGUGCCUCACCUUGUUCCAGGUCUACUACAGCCUGUGGAGGAAGCUGCUCCGUGUCUUCUGGUGGCUGGUGGUAGCCUACACCAUGCUGGUGCUCAUUGCGGUGUAUACCUUCCAGUUCCAGGACUUCCCCACCUACUGGCGCAACCUCACCGGCUUCACAGAUGAGCAGUUGGGGGACCUGGGCCUGGAGCAGUUCAGCGUGUCGGAGCUCUUUUCCAGCAUCCUCAUCCCGGGCUUCUUCCUGCUGGCCUGCAUCCUGCAGCUGCACUACUUCCACCGGCCCUUCAUGCAACUCACUGACCUGGAGCACGUGCCCCCACCGGGCACCCGUCGCCCCCGAUGGGCUCACAGGCAGGACACAGUGAGCCAGGCCCCUCUGCUACAGCAGCAGGAGGAGGAAGAGGAAGUCUUCAGGGAUGAUGGGCUGGGCAUGGAUGGGCCAGGCAUGGAUGGGCCCCACCAGGCCACACAGGUCCCCGAGGGUGAAGCCAGCAAAUGGGGCCUGGUGGCUGACCGGCUGCUGGACCUAGCGGCCAGCUUCUCUGACGUCCUCACCCGCAUCCAGGUGUUUGUGCGGCGCUUGCUCGAGCUGCACAUCUUCAAGCUGGUAGCCUUCUACACCGUCUGGGUGGCCCUGAAAGAAGUGUCUGUGAUGAACCUGCUGCUGGUGGUGCUGUGGGCCUUUGCCCUGCCCUACCCGCGCUUCCGGCCCAUGGCCUCCUGCCUCUCCACUGUGUGGACCUGUAUCAUCAUUGUGUGCAAGAUGCUCUAUCAGCUCAAGAUCGUCAACCCACACGAGUACUCCAGCAACUGCACUGAGCCCUUCCCCAACAGCACCAACCUGCAGCCCAUGGAGAUCAACCAGUCUUUGCUGUACCGUGGCCCUGUUGACCCUGCCAAUUGGUUCGGGGUGCGGAAGGGCUACCCCAACCUGGGCUAUAUCCAGAACCACCUGCAGAUCCUUCUGCUGCUGGUAUUUGAGGCUGUGGUGUACCGGCGCCAAGAGCACUACCGCCGCCAGCACCAGCGGGCCCCUCUGCCUGCCCAGGCUGUGUGUGCAGACGGCACCCGCCAGAGGCUGGACCAGGACCUCCUCAGCUGCCUCAAAUACUUCAUCAACUUUUUCUUCUACAAAUUCGGGCUGGAGAUCUGCUUCCUGAUGGCCGUGAAUGUGAUCGGGCAGCGCAUGAACUUCAUGGUGAUCGUACAUGGCUGCUGGCUGGUGGCCAUCCUUACGCGUAGGCGCCGUGAGGCCAUUGCCCAACUCUGGCCCAAUUACUGUCUGUUCCUCACACUGUUCCUGCUGUACCAAUACCUGCUGUGCCUGGGCAUGCCACCUGCACUGUGCAUUGACUACCCAUGGCGCUGGAGCCAGGCCAUCCCCAUGAAUUCUGCUCUCAUCAAGUGGCUGUACCUGCCUGACUUCUUCAGAGCCCCCAACUCUACCAACCUUAUCAGUGACUUCCUCCUGCUGCUCUGCGCCUCCCAGCAGUGGCAGGUAUUCUCGGCCGAGCGGACAGAGGAGUGGCAGCGCAUGGCUGGCAUCAACACCGACCACCUGGAGCCCCUGCGUGGGGAGCCCAACCCUGUACCCAACUUCAUCCACUGCAGGUCCUAUCUGGAUAUGCUGAAGGUGGCCAUCUUCCGCUACCUGUUCUGGCUGGUGCUUGUGGUGGUGUUUAUCACAGGGGCCACCCGCAUCAGCAUUUUCGGGCUGGGGUACCUGCUGGCCUGCUUCUACCUGCUGCUCUUCGGCACUACCCUGCUCCAGAAGGAGACACGAGCCCAACUCGUGCUGUGGGACUGCCUCAUCCUCUAUAAUGUCACAGUCAUCAUCUCCAAGAAUAUGCUGUCGCUCCUGUCCUGUGUCUUCGUGGAGCAAAUGCAGAGCAACUUCUGCUGGGUCAUCCAGCUCUUCAGCCUCGUGUGCACAGUAAAAGGCUACUACAAUCCCAAAGAGAUGAUGAGCAGAGACCGGGACUGCCUGCUGCCUGUGGAGGAGGCUGGUAUCAUCUGGGACAGUGUCUGUUUCUUCUUCCUGCUGCUGCAGCGGCGCGUCUUUCUCAGCCACUACUUCCUGCAUGUCAGUGCUGAGCUGAAGGCCACUGCCCUGCAGGCCUCCAGGGGUUUUGCCCUCUACAACGCAGCCAACCUUAAGAGCAUCAACUUCCACCGCCAGAUUGAAGAGAAGUCCCUGGCCCAGCUGAAAAGACAGAUGAAGCGCAUCCGUGCCAAACAGGAGAAGUACAGGCAGAGCCAGGCAAGCCGUGGCCAACUCCAGUCCACAGACUCCCAGGAUCCCAGCCAGGAGCCAGGGCCGGACAGCCCAGGGGGCUCCUCCCCGCCACGGAGACAGUGGUGGCGCCCCUGGCUGGACCACGCCACAGUCAUCCACUCUGGGGACUACUUCCUGUUUGAGUCGGAUAGCGAGGAGGAAGAGGAGGCCCUACCUGAGGACCCCAGACCUGCAACGCAGAAUGCCUUCCAGAUGGCAUACCAGGCAUGGGUAACCAAUGCCCAGACAGUGCUGAGGCAGCGUCGGGAACAGGCACGGGAACAGGCACGGCAGGAGCAGGCAGGACAACUGGCUUCUGGAGGUGACUUGAGCCAGGAGGUGGAGCCAGCAGAGGCCCCAGAGGAUGAGAUGCCAGCAGGCCGCAGCCAUAUGAUGCAACGUGUCCUGAACACCAUGCAGUUCCUGUGGGUGCUGGGCCAGGCCUCCGUAGACGGGCUAACACGCUGGCUGUGCACAUUCACAAAGCACCACCACACCAUGAGCGACGUGCUUCGUGCAGAGCGCUACCUGCUCACCCAGGAACUUCUGCGGGGUGGAGAGGUACGCCGAGGGGUGCUAGACCAGCUUUACGUGAGCGAAGCUGAGACCACACUGCCAGCAGGUCCCACGGAGACCCGUGAUGGACCCAGCACAGCCUCAAGUGGGCUGGGAGCUGAAGAGCCUUUGAGUAGCAUGACAGACGAUACCAGCAGCCCCCUGAGCACAGGCUAUAACACCCGCAGUGGCAGCGAGGAGAUUAUCACUGACACUGGGGACCUGCAGGCUGAGACCUCCCUGCAUGGCUCCCAGGAGCUUCUAGCCAAUGCUCGCACACGGAUGCGCACAGCCAGUGAGCUGCUCCUGGACAGGCGCCUACGCAUCCACGAGCUGGAGGAGGCUGAGGAGUUUGCAGCACAGCAGGGCCGGACUCUGCGGCUGCUAAGAGCCGUGUACCAGUGUGUGGCGGCACACUCAGAGCUGCUUUGCUACUUCAUCAUCAUCCUCAACCACAUGGUGACAGCCUCGGCUGCCUCCCUGGUGCUCCCCAUGCUCAUUUUCCUGUGGGCCAUGCUGACCAUCCCAAGGCCCAGCAAGCGUUUCUGGAUGACAGCCAUUGUCUUCACUGAGGUCAUGGUGGUCACCAAGUACCUGUUCCAGUUUGGCUUCUUCCCCUGGAAUAGCUACGUGGUGCUGCGGCGCUAUGAGAACAAGCCCUACUUCCCUCCACGUAUCCUGGGUCUUGAGAAAACUGACAGUUACAUCAAGUAUGAUCUGGUGCAGCUCCUGGCCCUCUUCUUCCACCGCUCCCAGCUACUGUGCUAUGGCCUGUGGGACCAUGAGGAGGACAGUUUUUCCAAGGACCACUGUAGGAAUAGUGAGAAGGACCAGGAGGCUGAGGAAGAGUCAGAAGCUAUGCUGGAAUCGCAGCCCGAGGCAGGCACUGGGCAUCCCGAGGAGCUGGUGUUGGCUGGUACCCCCAGGGACCACAUCCAAGGGAAAGGAAAUGUUAGAUCGAAGGAUGGGAUCCAAGAGCCCCUAGAGGACCCUAAGCCCCAGCACAAGAGGCACAUCAGCAUACGCUUCAGGAGGAAGAAGACUCCGGGACCCAAAGGAGCAGCGGCUAUGGAGGCUGAGGAAGAGGAGGAGGAAGAAAAAGAAGCUGCAGGGAGGAAGAGCCCACAUCACGCUCGAGGAAGAUUGAAGAUUCAGGAAAGAAUGAAGGCAGCGGGGCGCCGGCUGCAGAGCUUCUGCCUGUCACUAGCUCAGGGCAUCUAUCAACCCCUGCGGCGUUUCUUCCACGACAUUCUGCACACCAAGUACCGAGCAGCCACAGAUGUCUACGCUCUCAUGUUCCUGGCUGACAUUGUCGAUUUCAUCAUCAUCAUCUUUGGUUUCUGGGCCUUUGGGAAGCACUCCGCAGCCACGGACAUCGCAUCCUCACUGUCAGAUGACCAGGUGCCGGAGGCCUUCCUCUUCAUGCUGCUGGUCCAGUUCAGCACCAUGGUCAUUGACCGUGCCCUCUACCUGCGCAAGACCGUACUGGGCAAGCUGGCCUUUCAGGUGGUCCUGGUGGUGGCUAUUCACUUUUGGAUGUUCUUUAUCUUGCCAGCCGUCACUGAGAGAAUGUUCAGCCAGAAUGCAGUGGCCCAGCUGUGGUACUUCGUGAAGUGCAUUUACUUUGCCCUGUCUGCCUACCAGAUCCGCUGUGGCUACCCCACCCGUAUCCUGGGCAACUUCCUCACCAAGAAGUACAAUCAUGUAAACCUCUUCCUUUUCCAGGGGUUCCGUCUAGUGCCAUUCCUGGUGGAGCUGAGGGCCGUCAUGGACUGGGUGUGGACUGACACCACACUGUCCCUGUCGAACUGGAUGUGUGUAGAAGACAUCUAUGCCAACAUCUUCAUCAUCAAAUGCAGUCGAGAAACAGAGAAGAAAUACCCACAACCCAAAGGACAGAAGAAGAAGAAAAUCGUCAAGUAUGGUAUGGGUGGCCUCAUCAUCCUCUUCCUCAUUGCUAUCAUCUGGUUCCCACUGCUCUUCAUGUCACUGAUACGCUCUGUGGUGGGUGUCGUCAACCAGCCCAUUGAUGUCACUGUUACCCUCAAGCUGGGCGGCUAUGAGCCGCUGUUCACCAUGAGCGCCCAGCAGCCUUCCAUAGUGCCUUUCACGCAGCAGGCCUAUGAGGAGCUGUCCCAGCAGUUUGACCCCUACCCACUAGCCAUGCAGUUCAUUAGCCAGUACAGUCCCGAGGACAUCGUCACUGCACAGAUCGAGGGCAGCUCUGGGGCACUGUGGCGCAUCAGCCCCCCAAGCCGGGCCCAGAUGAAGCAGGAGCUGUACAAUGGCACAGCUGACAUCACACUACGCUUCACCUGGAAUUUCCAAAGGGACCUGGCCAAGGGUGGCAGAGUGGAGUAUACCAAUGAGAAGCACACCUUGGAGCUGGCCCCCAACAGUACAGAACGGAGGCAGUUGGCCCAACUGCUCGAGGGCAGACCUGACCAGUCAGUGGUCAUUCCUCACCUCUUCCCCAAGUACAUUCGUGCUCCCAAUGGGCCUGAAGCCAAUCCGGUGAAGCAGCUGCAGCCAGAUGAGGAAGACGACUAUCUUGGUGUGCGCAUCCAGCUGCGGAGGGAGCAAGUGGGCACAGGGGCCUCCGGGGGGCAAGCAGACACAAAGGCCUCUGACUUCCUGGAGUGGUGGGUGAUUGAGCUGCAGGACUGCCAGGCUGACUGCAACCUGCUGCCCAUGGUCAUCUUCAGUGACAAGGUCAGCCCACCUAGCCUCGGCUUCCUGGCUGGCUAUGGGAUCGUGGGGCUAUACGUGUCCAUUGUGCUGGUUGUUGGCAAGUUUAUGCGGGGCUUCUUCAGUGAUAUCUCACACUCCAUCAUGUUCGAGGAGCUGCCAUGUGUGGACCGCAUCCUCAAGCUGUGCCAGGAUAUCUUCUUGGUACGGGAGACCCGGGAGCUGGAGCUGGAGGAGGAGCUAUAUGCCAAGCUCAUCUUCCUGUACCGCUCACCAGAGACCAUGAUCAAGUGGACACGUGAGAAGGAGUAGGAGCCUGGCUCCUGGGCACCGGGAAUGAAGGAGCUGCCCCAGGGCAGCAUGGCCACCAGGGCUGACAGAGCUCCUUGGAUAGGAGUGGAGCUGCCUGGGGCCACGAGCUGUGACACAUCCUCCUGGCCCAUGUAAGCCCUGAUGAUGCUGCUGUCAAAGGGACACUGUGUCCCUACCUGUUGCGUCCCCGCCUGUUGGGCUAGGAGCCCAGUGUAGCUCAGGGCUAGCCACACUGGGUCUGGGGGCCUGGCUCUCCCUUCCCACAAGUACUGUAGAGUUUUCUAAGUAAAAACAUUUUAUUUAUACAAACAGACAGUCAGAGACCAAGCCCAGUGUUCCCGCUUUCCUGCUUGAUGGGUUUGCAGGGCUGGGUAUGCCCAGGCUCAGCUCUGUUUUCCUCCUCCUCCUCUUCAUCAUUGUCUGUAAUCAGAUACUCUUGGAUUUCUUGAGAGACCCAGGCCCUAAGGGAGACUGCAGUGAGAACCAGUCCUCGGGGUCUCCCCAGAGGUCUCCCCAGAGAGCAGGCAUUACCUCUGGCUGCGGAGCUGAGCCUCAGCCAGGACGUAAGGUGGCAGUGGGUCCAGGGAAGGCUACAAGAGAUGGCAGUGUGAGAAGCCAAUGGGACAGUGGGGACAGCUCACAGGGACAUAUGGACAGCCACUCACCAGGUCCUUCAUGUUCACCCGGCAGCUAUAACACAGCUGUUCUAUGAUGCAGGCCUGGACAUCCCCCCUGUACAAGCAGAACUGAACUUGUGUGCCUGGUCUCACUCUGAACCCUGUUUAAGGCCAGUCUUCCUGCCCCCUCCACCCAUCCAUAGGGCAGGACACAGGCAGGGUCUCACCUCCUGCCAACACCCCUGUGGUAGCUCUGGGCCUGACCCUCCCCUGCACCACAGCAGGGUGGGGUAGGCAUCUUAGUCUCAGUAGGCAGCGUCUGGGAGACAUGUGAGGAGGACUGAGCACCAAAGGCCGUGGCACUGUCUGCAAUAGAGAGGGGCUGAGGGACCCUGGGGCAGCCAAGUAACCACCCCACACAGCACUCCAAGAAGGCCCUGCACAUACCAGCAGUGUCAAUGUCCAGUGUACACAUGCAGAGCAGGCAGUUGUGGCCUGAGGGGCCAGUGGCACAGCCCUCCCGGGGAGCCUUGACCAACUUCUCACUUGUCCUGUUGGCAGGUGCACAGACAAACAGGGACAGGUAACAAGUAUGCCCCAGCCAUGGGCUCUGCUCCCCUCAAGAGUGGGCAGCAGGCUCAACAGCACCCCAGUGGCACACACACCUGUACACAGUACUGACUGUAGAGGGGAACAUAGUCUGCAACCUCAGGAUAAAGGCCUCCAUCAGCCGGUGGAUGCUAGCCUUUUCUGGAGCCUAGGGACAAUCAGAUGGGGGUGUUUAGAAGGCCAAGGGGCACCUAAAGCAAGUACCAUGGGCUUCACAUGGCCAGCCCGAGGAGACUGAGACCAGCACAGGAUUCACAGUGUGGAUGACAGGUCAUCUUGCCACCCCUUCACCUCAGGGACACCUCUCCCUCCACACCACCUCCUUAGGGGUACCAGCCUGGUCUUCCAGGAUACAAGGCAUGCUUGGAGGACCCUUGGAUACACAGACACUGCUACUGGCCUUUUCAGAGGCAGGACAGCAGGUGCUAAGGUCACAGAGAACCAGCUGGGGCCUCGAGGCCAGCCUUAAGGGAAGGGCUAAAGCUGGCUGGCAAGGAUUCAAGUCCCCAACAAUGCACCAGGGAUUUCUGACCCUGUAUGGAGAAGAUGCCCCCAACCAGCCCAUGCAGCUCUCCUCCAGAGACCCACCUUAGUCUCAAUGGCUGGGGUGAAGACUGAGGGAACACCAAACAGGUGGUUGUAGAAGGCCACUUCCUUUAGCGUGUGGUCCCGCAUGGGCCUCACCAAUACCACAUCCCCAUGCCGCUCAUCUGAGAAGCCCUAGGGAGCAGACACUGUAUGGUUCAAAUCCUCGCAGUACCUCUUCAUACUGCCACCACCAUCUAAGUUGGGUCCCAGGCCUCUCGACUUGGAAGGCCCCAGGAUAACCCAACAGGGCUUUCAAAUGAAGGAGGACAAAGACCUUGGCCUUCAGGCCCUGCAUACCGUGUCCCAGGCAAGGAAGGCUCCUCUCCCCAGGGCCAGGUUGGUCAUAAGCUUGAUGGCCAAGCGGGUGCAGCUCUCCCCAGUCAUCACCUUGCAGUAGCCAUGGGUUCGGGCUACAUGCACGAUCAGAUGGGUCCUGUGAUGGGGUGAAUUACAGAAGCUGGAGCUGGAGUCCUACAAGCCAGGGAGGGCUGGGGGUGGUGCGCUCACCUCAGCGUCUGCAGCAGCUCCUCUUUGGCUGUCAGUGUCUUUAUGGAGUUGAACAACCUAGACAAGGCCUCAGUCUGAGCAGCUAUGGGGGACCCAGCCAUGCCUAGGGGUUCCUGGCUAUGGGAUGGGUGUGACUGAUCCUCCCCCUGAGCUGGGCUGGCACAGCCCUCAACCCCUAGCACACGAUGCUGUUGCAGGAAGCUGUCCACUGCCGUUUUGUAGGCCUCCUCUGUCCCUGCUGGCUCUUGGGAAGCACAGCACAGCACCGAUGGCGGCAAGCUGAACACCUUCCAGGAUGGAAGAAGGGACACUGAGUCCAAGGCCCAUACCUGCCCUCCAGAACGGCCGGAAAACCAAGGCCCAGGGCAAGAGGCCCAAAGGAUGGCGGCUCCAGUAAGCAAGCAUGUGGCUCUGAUGGGUAUCCCCUCCAAGGUCCCACCAGGGGCAGACCCACCUACCUCCUCUAAGGCAACCACAUGCCAUGGGAAGCCAGUGUUUUGCAGGAUCAGCUUCACCUCAGCCAAGGUCUUCCCUCUGUCCUUUAGGCUCUGGCCACAGGCUGCUCCCUCUGUAAAACCCAGGUAGAAAGUAUGUAGGAGUCACGGAGGAAGAGCCUGAUGGACCAGCUGAGGUGGUCAGUGCCACACAUGGAAGUCCCACCAGGUCUGCUCUUCAGAGAAAGCUUCUGUAAGGGCAGGAAUGGCAUUUUCUUUUGGGUGUUUUCCAACAGGCUCCCCUCACAGCUAAAGAAACUCCCUAGUCUUUCACUCCCAAAGACUAGCUCUAAACUCACCUUCUUCAAUCCCUGGGCCCUUCAA